AUGCAUCGGAUUAAUCACAAAAAUUCUACAACAACUACUAGGACUCAAACUUCAAACAUUGAAGUUUUAAAUAAUUACAAUUCCUUUGAACCAUAUAAUACAAAUGAUGACAUUAGCUCAUUUGAAAAUGACCUAGAAAUUGCUUCAAAGGUUUCAAGCAAAAAUAAUGGAAAAGUUACUACUACCUUUUAUGAGGACUCUUCUCUCGAAGAAGUUGAUUCACUUAGUGGAAAUGAAAAAACAGAAUAUUCUUCUCGUUGGGAAUGGUUUUAUAAUGAAGUUUUAGUGGUUGACAAGUCCACAAAAGGUGUUUCAUUUACACAAUCGUUUCUUUAUAAUAAUGAUUUAAAACCAGUUGAAACUAAAAGAAGAGUUUGGUCCUGGUAUAAUUUUGCUUAUUUCUGGUUGGCAGAAUGUUUCAAUAUCAACACAUGGCAAGUUGCCGCUACCGGUUUGCAGCUAGGUCUAAAUUGGUGGCAAUGUUGGAUCGCAAUUUGGAUCGGUUAUACAUUUGUCGGUAUAUUUGUGGUUCUUGCAUCCAGAGUAGGUUCAGCAUAUCAUGUUUCUUUCCCUGUGUCUGCCAGGGCUUCAUUCGGUAUUUUCUUUUCUAUCUGGCCAAUUAUUAACCGUGUAGUUAUGGCUGUCGUUUGGUAUUCAGUUCAAGCUUGGAUUUGUGCUACCCCAGUCGGUUUAAUGCUUAAGUCUAUCUUUGGUUUGGAUUUAGAGGAAAGAAUUCCAAAUCAUUUCGGAUCACCAAAUACCACUACAUUUGAAUAUAUGUGUUUUUUCAUUUUUUGGGUUGUCAGUUUCCCAUUUUUAUUAGUACCACCUCACAAGAUAAGACAUUUAUUCACAGUUAAGGCAGCCUUAGUUCCAUUUGCAGCAUUUGGUUUCUUAAUCUGGGCUAUUAGAAAGGCUCAUGGAACAAUCGCCUUAGGUGCAUUGUCUACUUUUAUUCCACACGGUUCUGCUUUCUCAUGGGCUUUUGUUAGAGCUAUCAUUAGUUGUAUGGCAAAUUUUGCUACAAUGGUUGUCAAUGCACCUGAUUUUUCAAGAUUUUCGAAACAUCCAAACUCUGCCCUAUGGUCUCAAUUAGUUUGUGUUCCAGUUCUAUUUUCAAUUACUAGUUUAAUCGGUAUUUUAGUCACAGCUGCUGGUUUUCAAUUAUACGGUAUCAAUUACUGGUCUCCAGUUGAUGUUUUAGGUAAAUUUUUAGAAACAAGCUUCACCAAAGGUACUAGAGCAGGUGUUUUCUUAAUAUCUUUCGUUUUUGCUCUUGCCCAACUUGGUACCAAUAUUUCUGCUAAUUCUCUUUCAUGUGGUACUGAUUUAAGUGCGUUGUGCCCAAAAUUCAUCAACAUUAGACGUGGUUCUGUUUUUUGUGCCUUAAUUGCUUUAUGUAUUUGUCCUUGGAAUUUAAUGAGUUCUUCUUCUAAAUUUACCUCCGCCUUAUCUGCUUAUGCUAUUUUCUUAUCAAGUAUUGCUGGUGUUGUCGCUGCCGAUUAUUUUGUGGUGAGAAGAGGUUACAUCAAAUUGACUCAUCUAUAUUCCUUACAAAAGGGUUCAAUCUAUAUGUAUGGUAAUAGAUUUGGUAUUAACUGGAGAGCUUUAGUUGCCUAUUUCUGUGGUGUUGCUCCAAACUUACCAGGCUUUAUUGGUGAUGUCGGUGCUCCAGCCGUCACAGUUUCUGCCAAUGCUAUGAAAUUGUACUACUUAAGUUAUUGGAUGGGAUACGCAUUUAGCUUCAUUGCUUACAUCAUUCUAUGUUAUUUUUUUCCAGUAGCUGGCUCUCCAGUUAAAAAUAUCUUAAAAGAUAAAGGUUGGUUUCAACAGUGGGUAGAAGUUGAAGAUUUCGAAAGAGAAUGGAGAGCAACAUUAGCAAAAGAUGAUUUGUCCAACGAUAUCAAUGAGCAAGAAUAUGAAGAAUUUAGACAAACUAAGUUUAAUUUUUAA